AUGCGAUUCCACUCCAUCACGGCUGUUGCUGCAACCGUCGCGUAUCUCCAGCGUCCUUCUGGGGUAUCCGGUUUUGCUACGGCAGAUGUGAACGAUCCGACUCCGGCUCUUGACAACCACACCGCCGUUGUCGAUAAAAUGAGCUUGCGGGCUCCAGACGCCAUAAAUGGAGAAGAGAGGACACUAAAAGACGUAAUGGUUGAGCUAGUUCGCGCGGUCGUGAGUUGCACUCACCCGUCCGAGUUUUGGAAGACCCUAUUGAAUGGAGGGAAAUCGAUCGCCGAGCACGAACAUGAAUUGUUCUCAGGGCCGACGAACCGAUUUGAAUCGCCUUCCCAGCUGGUCGAUGAUCUUUUGCAGCACUGGUGGGAUCACGGUAGAUCCAUUGACGACCUCGCGAGGUCACUGAAGCUAUCGAUUGACACUCGCGAAACCGUUGAUUAUUUCAAGACUGGCGACUUUCGCAAGAUGGAGGUGCUAGAAUUCUACAUCAGCUUUGUCAACGUGAAGAAAGGAGGCAAGCAUAAGCUGAUUGAGACGCUGACGAAGAACUUCGGUGACCUGCACCUGUCAACACUCUUGAUGAAUUCGAUCCGAUCUCGCAAUCCGGAUACCGCUGGUCGUGCAGCACAAUUGCAGCAAGAAAUGAUGACAGGCUGGGCGAAGAGAAAGCUGACCGGUGAAAACCUAGAACGCGUGCUGUACAAGGCUGACUUCGUACGGCUCCGGGAUGGAACUGAGAUGAGUCAGGAUGACUUUGAGCUGCUCCAAAAUCAAAUCGUUCUGAACAUUUUGACCGAAGCUUUUGGUGGCGAAGAGGAAUUUGCAAUGCUCGCUAGCGCAAAGCUUAUCAAGAGUCAUCAUCCGAUGGUCGGAAAGUAUCUAGAUACGUUGCUGCUGCGCUGGAAGAUGGCACAGAUAGAGCCAGACCAUUUGUUUAAGACCAAGUUCUUAGUGAUGCAUCCAACAGAAGGCCAAAGCAGAACGGUGGCAUUUAUUCGCCGCCGUUACCACGGAUUCUUUUAUCGGGACAUCUAUUCAUUACCGAUAAUCGUGCGAACUCAAAUGCGUCACCGGGGAAUCAGUUAG